UCAUUGAUCACUGUCGACUCAUUGCUUCUUGAUUGAAGAGAUGGUGGGGUUGCCACUUUCUACAAUACAACCUAGGUUUUACUACGAAGAGCUGUUUUGUAUACCUACCUAUGUAUAUAGGUCAGAGCGACAGGGGACAGUAGUGCCUUGUAUGGUUCAUGCUUGCCUUUGCUUGGGCAAGUAGAGGAAGGUACAAGGUAGAGGACUGUAUGGAAUAAGGUGAUACUUACCAUAUCCAUAACUACCAUAUCUCCCAGAUUGUACAGUACGAUUUCUCACCGCGCAAUUCCCGCGGCAACCAGCCAGCCAAGAACCAACACAAUUCGUCUAUCUAUCUACAGAAUAUUACCCCUCAGCUAUCAAUCGGGUCGCAUUAUUUUGUAGUAAUUCCCGAACUUGCCCUCAAAUUCAACCUCGAAUUCGUUUACGUCCUUCAUCAUCGCCAUGUCGGCCGCCGAAGUGGACGUGGCUGAGAAUGUUAUCCAUAUGGAUAACGACAAAGCGAGCCAUGAGACGAAUGGCAAAGCGCCGCCUCGCAAGCGCAGAAGGAUUGUCAUAAGUUGUACAGAGUGCCACAGGAGGAAGCAAAAGUGCGACCGUAAGAUGCCAUGUACGAAUUGCGUGUCGCGAAAUAAAGAAGCAUCCUGUCGGUACGAGACUGGAACACCGCUUGCAAAGCCCGAUCGCAAGGGGUCUUCUCAGAGCGCCAAUGAGCGGUCGCCCGAAUCGAUCGAAAACCUGCCCAUCAAACCCGUAGAUUUCGGCUACUCCCACAAUAGUGCCUCUACUCUCGGAAUAUUGCGUAAGAUCGAGGGCGAUGGAGAGCGAUUGCCGGGAAUGCCUAUUGAAACCUUCGACGGUGUCAAUUACGGUAUGCGCGAGCGAUACAAGGCAUUGAUCCGCCAGUUACCCGCAAGAACCUAUGUCGAACAGCUAGCAGACCUGUAUUUUCGGGAUAUCAACUGGCAAUACUUCAGUAUCGAUGAAUCCGUCUUUCGAAGGUUGAUGGAGCAGUGGUACAGUAUGCCAUUUAACGUCCUGUCAACCUCUGGUCCUCAAGCCUUGGAUCCGAUGUUAAGGGCCUUCCCCGCGCUCUUGUUCCAGAUGCUGGCCUGUUCUCUUCUCUACCUCCCUGAAGGAACCGAGGAGACGUUUGAGUCGUUGAAGUACACGAGCAAUAUGACCUUUGAAGACUUAGCAUUUGACUAUAGUGAAUCUGGCAUCUCCAUAUUGUCGCUUCUAGGUAAGCGUCAGAUGUCUAUUAUAACCGUAUUAUCCGGUUGGACGAGGGCUGCUUUCCUCAAAUAUACCGGUAUGGUUACCGAGGCUUGGCAUCAAGUAGGAACUAGCAUUCGAGAUGCGCAAGAGAUUGGUCUCCAUCGAGACCAGAUGGAUCCUCAACCAAGUCCAGAGGAUUCGACAGAGGAGGCUUUAGAAAAGAUGUGGAUGGCACAGAGCCGACGAAGAGUCUGGAUGACUCUCCUCGGCUGGGACUUGCAUACUGGUGCUGUGCUCGGUAGACCUACAAGCGUAGAUUUCCGCUUAGUGAAUCGGAGUCUACCGGUCGAUUCUCUCAUCCCUAAGGAUACAAGAAAAUCGCCUAUAAUGCAGCGUGGCGAAAAUGACCCACCUACACCGCUGACACGAGCCCUUUGGUCCUGGGAGGUCAUGCGUCCAUUGCGAGAUAUCCUUGACUUGGAGAAAGAAGGGCCGUUUCCAAAGGAUUUCUCUAAGGUCGAAAAAAUUCAUCAAGAGUUGCUGGAUCUUCAGGCCCGAACCCCACCGCCUUUCCGCCUGCAGAAUCCAGACACGCGAUUCGAUGAACUUCCAGAAUGUCGAUGGUUGCCAUUUGUACGGCCGACCCUACCUCAACUUAUCUCCUUUAACAUCAUGGCCCUUCAUCGUCCAUACGUUUUCACUCGAGUUACUAGUCGCCAUGAGGCCCUCAAAGCAAGCUUGGACAUGCUUGAGGCGCAGAAGAUAUAUUUUUCUCUGCUGAAGCCCCAACAGCAUAAAACCUUUACUCUCUUCUUUGGGACGUUCGAUGCUGUUAUCAUGAUCGCAUCCAUUUAUAUUUUAUUCCCGAGAGAGCAUGCGGAGUUGUUGGCAACAGUACGACAGCACUUUGAAUGGGCGAUCGAACGCUUCGAGAAGAUGGCUAACCGGAAUCGACUCGCGCAAGCUGCACUGGGGGUGCUGCAUGCCAUUUAUAUCCGCUUUAAGAAGGCUGUAGGCUAUAAUUGCAAGGCAGUUAGCGAAGUAGGCGGUAGUACUACGAGCUGUAGUGGGACAUCCGGUAGCUCCUCCGAUAUGCAGACGCCCAGUUCUUCAUCGGAGUCUGCCUUGCAGAACCCAGGCAACGCGUCGAAUAAUACCGCCACGUCUACUUUGCCCACAGCGACGGACCGAGGCGGGAGUGUUAGCUCAAGCACAGGGAUGACGCCUGCUUCCGGGGCCGACAAUAACAUGUUCGCGAAUACGGAUUGGUCAUUCCCAACAGAUUUCGACUUCAGUUCAAUCAUGCCUAUAUACCCUAUAGGAGAUAUCGCAUACAACGAACUGACAGCCAUACCCGGCGGCGACAUAACGUCAACGACCUGGCCGGAAUCUUUCUCGGCAACGGCAGCAGGAGCUAGUAGUGGCCUUGCCACCAACAUACCGACUAGCUCUGCAGGGAGUGAACAGCCGGCGCAAUGGCAAUUCGGCGGCGAGUUUGGAAACGACACGCUUUGGAAUAUAUUAAACCAAUUUCCUACUUACUGAUCGGACCGGGCGAUGAUUUAACGUUGGGAUGUUUAAACGAUACAUGACAGAUAAAUACCUAGGCAAGAAUAGGCGUUCUUUUCGUAAAUAAAUAAAAAAAGAUUCAGGGUAUGAUAUCCCAACUCCUGGUAUAUGUAGUUCAAACGAGAGAAUAGAAGCAUUGUACCAAAAAUGAACGAACAAAAAA